AUGGAGAAAUAUUCACAGUUUCGCGACAGAGGAUCUGGUAUCGCUCCGUUCUUACCCGUUCAAACUCCAAGUGCCGGCAUCUAUGCUCCCGUCCAUCUUUUUCUCUUCCUCUUCAAAUUACCACUCUUCCUCACAGUAUCCACGACUUAUUUUCUCUUCCUACAAUGGUUUCCCUUAGGGUCCCUACUCAAGAAAGCGAUAUUAUGGAUGUUACUUGGAAUACCGGGAGUGUGGUGGAUAGAUUUGCAGAUUGAUGGAGUGAAGAAAGGUUCUCUGGCGAAGAAACAUGAAGGACGAGUACCAGAACCUUCGGAUAUUAUCGCAUCCUCCUUUACAUCACCCAUCGAUUCUUUAUAUUUGGCUGCCAUCUUCGAUCCCAUAUUCACAGUGUCCUACCCGCAUACCCGUCAAGUUCACCAAAUUUCUCUUCUGGGCGCCAUCUUCCGAGCACUACAAAGUCCCCAGGAACAUCCACCCAAGGGUUCAAAAAUGACUGAUUUGUCCGCCCUACUCUCUCGAUUUCCUGGGCGUGCUAUCGUAGUUUUCCCAGAAUGUACAACUACAAAUGGAAAAGGAAUACUACCCGUGAGCCAAAGUCUUUUGACUGCUCCUUCAGGAACCAAAAUCUUCCCAAUCAGUCUCCGCUAUUCGCCCUCAGAUAUUACGACACCCGUCCCAGGGAAAUACUGGUCAUUCUUCUGGAAUCUUCUUUCGAAACCUACACAUUGCAUUAAAGUCCGAAUCGCUGAAGUUGUAUACAAUACAUCCAUGUACGAAUCAGAAAAGGCCACUAAAUACUUGAAGAAUCAAUUAGAUACGGCGUAUACAAGCAGCUCAGAUACUCUCACGUCUAAGAACGAUCUAUCGGCAGAAACAACAUCAGAAGAACAACGUGUCUUGGAUAAGGUUGGGGAAGCAUUGGCACGAUUGGGAAGAGUCAAACGCGUUGGAUUGACUGUGAAGGAUAAAAUUGCAUUUGUGGAUGCAUGGAAUAAGAAAAGAUAA